AUGUCAUCAGGUGGACCUUCUCCAGCCUCAGUGAUCGAAUCGGCGUUUUCAAGAUUUCAAGCAUCUGUCAGUGCAGACGACGCGCGAACCUUUCACUCGACGACCCUCGAAGAUGUAUGGAAGGCAGCGGUGGAAAUCGAGAGGGAGCAGCGACAACGCAGCGCCCUGCGAAACAUGAAACGGAUCGAGCCACUUCUGAAGACCUUGGGGGUGUAUGCCUCAGCUCUCGACACUCUUUGUAAUGGCACGCCAUUUCUGCCAUGGGUGUGGGCACCGAUCAAACUCAUGCUUCAGCUCGCAACCCGACAUCUUUCAAGUUUUGACAGUUUGAUGGGAGCAUACGUCAAAAUCGCUGAUUCGCUUCCUCGAUUCGAUCGUUACAGUGUUGCUAUUCCGCAAGGAGAUUUCCAAAAUGUCCUGGCACUCGUCUACGCAAACAUUAUCGAGUUUCAUCGGCGGGCAUACAAGUUCUUUAGAAGAAAAGCAUGGAUCCUCCUCUUCGAAACCGGGUGGAAAAGUUUCGAACUACGAUUCGAAAGCAUCUUGAAAGACCUAGCCUACCAUCGUGAUCUUGUCGACAGGGAAGCAUGCUCUUUCGAUCUUGUCGAAGCUGAACGGUCGCGUCAAAAGAUUGACGAAGAAAUUUCCAAGGCUGAGGAUGACAGGGAGAGCUCUCAUCUACAGGCUGUAUUGUCGUGGCUUUGUGUUGACGAAUUAUCACAAAAUGACAUCUUAUGGCGACUGAAGGAAAAGAGAUCCGAUGGGACUUGCGACUGGAUAUUCAAGAACUCCCAAUAUCAGCACUGGGUGAAAAAUGACUCAAAGACUCCUUGGCUCUGGCUCACUGGCAUUCCGGGCUCAGGGAAGAGCGUGUUCGCUGCACACAUCAUCGAGACAUUGCGCGAGGACAAGGGACAGGCAACCCUGUUUUACUUUUGUCUUCAACAGGCAGCUGGCGAGGACAAGGCAAGCGUGUUCCUUCGCACAUUGGCUAUUCAACUGGUUCGAGAUCUUCCUGGACUUGCGGCUUUCAUCUGGGAUGCACAUGUACGCAACGCCCAUGUCCCUUCUAUCGACAUCCUUGAAAAGCUGCUCCCGAUCUUGAUUUCUGGUGCCUCAGCAGCCCGCAUUGUUCUGGACGGCCUUGAUGAGUAUAGGUAUCAAGACUACAAAACCAUGCUGGACGUGCUUUCCAAACUGUGCAGAAAGAGCCGUUGUAGCAUUCUUAUCUCUAGCAGGGACGAUGCGAUAAUCAGUUCGAAAUUGCGAAAUACACCGAAGAUUUCUCUGAUAAAUGAGGUUGACGCCGUCCGAAAAGACAUGGGAAUAUUUGUGGCUGCCAGGAUAGAGCAGGCAAUGAGAGCUUGGGAUCUUGAGAUAUCAGAUGAUACUCAGAAACUGGGACAGGCGCAGCUACUGCAGAAAUCGAAAGCAGGAAUGUUCCUCUGGGUCGAACUAGUGAUCGACAGCCUCCAAUACUCGUAUACAGACGACGACUUCCUCCAAAGGAUUGAUGAGCUCCCGGAAACCUUGCAAGCUGCUUACGAUCGAAUUGUGGAGAAAAUUCUGAGUAUCGAGGACCGGCGGACACGGCAGAAGCUGACAAGCCUCCUGGAGUUGAUGACCUAUACCCAAAGACCUCUCUCUAUCGACGAACUCCUAUCGGUAUUAGCUCUUGACCCUUCCAAAGCAGGGGACCAGCUACCCGCACCAUUGGCCCCAAAGAUUUUGGACUUCUGCAAACCACUUAUUGAUCUCUCGUCCUCGGCGGCGGUCAACUUCGUUCAUUUCUCUGUCAGGGAGUACUUUCGAGACAGCACGAGCAAAUUCCACAUCCGCGAGAUCAGCGCUCAUCUAGCCGUAUCGGAUGCGUGCUUAACUUAUCUGAAUACCACAAGUGUGUUUCUCACUGAGGAUUUUCGAACAAAGAGACUUCAUCAAAUAGUUCAAGGCCAACGAGCUAUUCAUCGAUACAGUACUGAUCAUUGGGCUCAACAUUUAUCACAAUGCCUCGAUGCAGGAGAUGAAACUCAGAGACUGGAGCUUGCCGCUAUAGCUUCAAAACUCGGAGCGAUGAAUUGGAUGUUCAAGCCAAGUGAACAAGGUGUAUCCGCUGAUGUUGCUAGCAUCCUACAAAAGAUAAGCUUAUUCAAGGAAGAGGCCUUGGAUCUAGAGCGAAACUCGGAAGAUCUAGGUGAAUUUCGGACGAGUCUCAUCAACCGCGAUCCGACCUAUCUCUGUCAAAUUGUUGAGAGGUACGAGGCUGAUAUCGAGAGUCUACUCUCCCUCACGGACGAGGAGCUGCCUGCUGAAAUUGAGAAGUCGGACCUCAUUGCGUUUCGAGACAAAUUCUCGACAGGGGCUUUCCGCUGCAGAUACUACGGAUGCAGCGACAAGACCAAUCUCACUUUCCAAAGCACGGCAGAAAGAGACAAGCACGAACCAACCCAUGUGCCUCUGUUUAAUUGUCCCAAAUCGUAUUGCGUCUGGAAAGACAUCGGCUUCAGGAACAGGCAAGAAUUGGAAGCCCACAUGCGGUACUACCAUCCCGAUACCUUGGACGUUCCAAUCCCAGCGAUUCCGGCCCAAAUUCCUGAUGUAGGGCACGACCUGUGGAAGCUUAGCCUCGACGACUUGCCUGACCACCUAAAAGAGAUUGGUACCGGCUGGCAUGCUGUGUUCAAUCCCAAAGUCCGCCGCUCUCUCAAUAUCUCGCUGAUAGCUGAUUUCAAGCCCGACUCUCUCGUGGGUUGUGCAGCUAUCUCAUCCAACUGUCUCCUCUUAGCGACGGGUUGCAACCGUAUGGGGACGAUUUUCGAUGUCCCCACCGGACAAAUAAUGUCUCGACUUGACCACGGCUUAUCUGAUAAACCUCCCCGUGACCAUUAUGUUAGAGCUAUUUGCUUUUCACCCAAUGGGAAAGUCGUGGUCACUAGCUGCGAGGACAAGGUGAUCCGGUUUUGGGAUCCUACAACCGGCGCGAUGAAGUUCGACUUGAAAGGGCAUGAAAACACCAUAAAUGGCCUAGAUUUCGCAGCAAACGGAGAUUUUCUCGCAUCCUGCUCUGAUGACCUUACUGUCAGGCUUUGGGACGCCCGGACGGGUGUUCAGAGAGCCCUUUUCCACAGUGAGGCUGGAUUCGUGGCUGUCGCAAUAUCCCCUGACUGUAAGUUCGUGGUAGCUGGGAGCUGGGAUGGGUAUCUUCGAGCCUGGGAUGUAUCUGGGAGAAGAUUGGUGUUCACAGCGGAAGGACACACACUCGCACUUGUCGACGUUAGAUUUUCUCCGCAAGGGGCAAAUUUGCUUACUUCGAGCUUGGACAAGACGGUGAGGAUAUGGAGCUUUGCAGAACAGGACCCAGGCUCGAGUAUCUGCUGUGUCAAGACUAUGACAGGACACGCGUUCUUCGUACAAUCCGCCGCUUAUACCCACGACGAAAACUGGAUUCUAUCAGGAGGAGGUGACAACAACGUCUAUUUCUGGGAUCCAACAACAGGCGUUCCUCAUCUGGCGUUGAUGGCCAACGAGAGUAACGUCUUUCGAGUGAUUCCUUUUCCAAAGAAUGACCUCCCUCCAGGGGAAGGGAUGUUCGUGACUGUAUCCGCAGACAACACAGCCCGAAUUUGGCACUACUUUCCUUAUAAAAAAAGGUGA